AUGCCCACUUACCUGUGUCACGGCUUCCGAUGGCAUCGCCGGAGCAUCCGCUUCUUUGUCAUCAUCUACGACGUGCUCGAUGCGGCGCCGGACUGGAUCAUCGGCCGGGGCUCGUCGGCAGCAAUACUGGCGCACUUCUACGAGAGAUAUGAAUUUCUGCCCCGGCCACCUUCCUUUAGAGGGCACUCCGAGCCGCCUAUACCGCGCCCCGAGGGUCUCACAGAUGGGGACGAGAACGAGGACGACGAUGACAACCGCACCGCACGCCUCGAUCAAGACCCCGUACUAAUUAACGAUGAGUGGUCCGCCGUGAAGCUCCUGGAGGAAUAUGACCCCCGUGAGACCGUGGAGCCGUGCCGGCCGCAUGCAUAUGUUGCCGACUAUGCUGUCCGGGUGGAGCUCAACGCCGAUGUGACGGAGGAGAUCGCUCGUUAUGAGCGGAUGACCAACGAGAGAGGCGACAACUCUUGGUUUGAGAAACUGAGGGACACCCUGGAGAAGGACGAGGAGAUCGGGUGGUUUGUUGUAGUGAACGGGGUCGAGGAUGACAUUGUUGAGGCGAAACGAGGGAUGAGAAUGAUUGAGCAGAUACCCGACCAUUCUCGCGUUAAUGAACCUGAUGAUAAAAUAGAACAGGGAGAGAUCGAUACGAAUCACGACAGUAUAGACGAAUCGGAGAAACAGCAGGAUAUGAAGAGAUCAUCGUCGAGGAUGAAACGACUGAAAGAUAUCGUUUUUCGAAAAUGA